AUGUCAAACGGCGAGGUCUUGGUAUAUGUCGACGAGGCUCAAGGCUCUGACGACGCUGGUCAGGGAACAAAAGAACAAGCAUAUAAGACCGCAGUUUAUGCAAUUCAAAAACAUGGCGAGAAUAUAAAAAUUCAGCUUCGAAAAACUUCAGAAGAAGAGUAUAAAGAUAUAUCGGGGGCUGCUUUCAAAAAAGCCAAAAGCCAUUUAGCAGACGCUGAGCAAAAGAAAAUUGAGGAAGCUAAAAAAAUUGUCUUGAAACAGGAUUCGACGCUUCCCGAAGCCAAAAAGAUUAAGAUUCGUGAAGGUAUUAGUAAACGUAAUACACGUGUCAAAAUCUCUGGAUGGAUUCAUCGUAUUCGUACGCAAGGCAAAGAUAUGAUGUUUAUUGUGUUGCGCGAUGGAAGCGGUUAUAUACAAUGUUAUUUGGAUGGUGAUUUGUGUCGUACUUACGAUGCGAUAACAUUGACCCUUGAAUCUACCAUCACUGUCUAUGGUGUUAUUUCUGAAUUGCCGGAAGGAAAACAAGCUCCAGAUAAUCAUGAACUUCGCGUUGAUUAUUGGGAAUUAGUUCAUAAAGCGCCUGGAGGCGACGAAGCAUUCACCAAUCAAAUUAACACUGAAACUGAUCCUUCCUUGUUAUACGAUAGAAGACAUCUGGUCAUUCGUGGCGAAAAAGCUUCAUCAGUUUUGCGAGUUCGUUCCGCAGUCUUGAAAGCUUUCCGGGAUCAUUUUCAUUCAAAAGGAUACGCAGAAGUAACUCCGCCACAUAUGGUCCAGACUCAGGUAGAAGGUGGUUCUACUCUUUUUGAAUUAGCUUAUUAUGGCGACAAGGCUUACCUUACACAAUCAAGUCAACUUUAUCUUGAAACAUGUCUUCCAUCUAUAGGAGAUGUGUUUACUAUUGCGGAAUCUUUUCGUGCAGAAAAAAGUCAUACUCGGCGCCACUUGUCAGAAUACUCGCAUUUAGAAGCCGAAAUGGCAUUUAUCACUUUCGACGACCUGUUAGACUGCCUAGAAGACCUAAUCUGUGACACCAUCGAUCGCGUACUAUCAGAUAAACCAAUAGCCGACCUUAUAUAUUCUCUAAAUAAGGACUUAAAGAGACCCGAACGACCUUUUCUCCGUCUCGACUACAAAGACGCGAUCCAAUACUUGAAAGACAACGACAUUAAAAAAGACGACGGGACAUUCUACGAGUUUGGCGAAGAUAUCCCGGAAGCUCCCGAGCGUGCAAUGACUGAUAAAAUUAAUAAGCCUAUUUUCUUGUGUCGGUUCCCGGCGGAGAUUAAGGCGUUUUAUAUGAAAAGGUGUAAAGAUGAUCCGAGGGUUACUGAGAGUGUGGAUGUGCUGAUGCCAGGUGUUGGCGAAAUUGUGGGUGGAAGUAUGAGGAUUACAGAUUUGGAUGAACUUCUUCGUGGUUAUCAACGUGAAGGAAUCGAUCCUGCCCCGUAUUACUGGUACACUGAUCAACGUAAAUAUGGUACAACCGAGCAUGGUGGGUAUGGACUAGGUGUUGAACGAUUUUUAGCAUGGAUGCUAGAUCGUCAUACCAUGGAAGAUUCCAUUGAAAUAGUUAAAGAAGAUAAAGUGUUGUCAACAUCAGCAGCUGCUACCACACAAUUUGAUGAUUUCGAUGGAACAAAUUCCGCAUACGAUUUAAGCGACUCUGAAGCCGCGAUAACAAUGAUAUCAAGUUUCGAUGAUGAUGAUGACGAAGAAAAAGAAAAUAUAUUGUCAAGAUUUAUGACUACAAUUCACGAGCCAAUUGUUGAAGCUGACUCUGACAUAACAAAGAUUUUGGUGUCUCAUAAACGCAGUAGCGGUGAUUAUUCUCGUAUUAAUUAUUUAGACUUAUCAACCGAUAAUAAAUCAAUACAACCAACACCACAGCAAUCAAAAAAAAGAACAUUUAUGGUAGCUACUGAUCUCUCGUCCGAGAGUUUAUAUGCUUUUGAGUGGACGGUAAUGAAAGUGUUGCGGCCAGGAAGUGAGUUGUAUGUUGUGAGUGUGUUGGAGGAAGAUAAAUCUGCAUCCGGUACUUCGAAUUCAGUGUCAUCAUUAUAUAAUAGUUUUCAGACAAUCAUUAAUGAGAGAUUGGAGGUAGCUCAAAAAAUAGCUAAAGUGGCGCGUACAUUUUUGGGUAAUACGAGAUUUCCCGUUUCUGUGGAAAUUCAAGUUGUCACUGCGAAAAAUACACGGAGCAUGCUUACGGAUAUGAUUGAUCUAAUCAAACCUACAUUAGUAAUUGCCGGCAGCCGAGGACUAAGCUCUAUCAAAGGUAUGUUUCUUGGAAGUAUAAGCACAUAUCUGGUACAAAAUUCCUCGGUCCCAGUGAUGGUCGCUCGACAACAAUCCGAACCUAAACGUAAAAAACGCAGUGGUGACAAGAAAAAAGACGAAAAGCUUUCUUUGAAGAUAUAG